UCUGUGCUGGUAGAAGUCUCUUCAGUCGGACUUGGGUACUGCACAUGUAGCGGAGUUCAGUGCUUGGCUUCCCCCUCCGUGCGCCUCAGCUUGGAUUGGGAAGUCAGAGAGCAGGCAUGUUUUGCCCCCUGAAACUCCUCCUGAUGCCAGUGUUCCUGGAUUAUUCCCUGGGCCUGAAUGACCUGAUUGUUCCCUCCCUUGAGCUGACAGUCCAUGUGGGUGAUUCAGCCCUGCUGGGGUGUGUUUUCCAGAGCCCAGAAGAGAAACGUGUGGCCAAGGUAGACUGGAUGUUCUCACCAGGAGAGCACGCCAAGGAUGAUUACGUGCUGUACUAUUACGCCAACCUCAGCGUGCCUGUGGGGCGCUUCCAGAACCGUGUGCGCUUGGUGGGAGACCUCUCGUGCAAUGACGGCUCUCUCCUGCUCCAAAAUGUGGAAGAAGCUGACCAGGGAACCUAUACUUGUGAGAUCCGGUUUGAAAUGGAGAGCCUGGUGUUCAAGAAAGAGGUGGUGCUGCAUGUUCUACCAGAGGAAACCAAAGAGCUCAUGGCCCACGUGGGUGACUCGACUCAGCUGGGGUGUGUUCUCCAGAGCACAGGAGAGAAACGCAUGACCAAGGUGGACUGGACGUUCUCAAGGGAGCACGCCAAGGAGGAGGUUCUGUUGCAUUAUUCCUCCAAACUCAGCGUACCUGUGCGCUCCCCCCGGAGCCGCGUCACCCUGGUGGGGGACGUUGCCCGCAACGAUGCGUCUAUCGUGCUCCACGGAGUGAGGGAGUCUGACAGAGGAAGUUACACCUGCAGCAUACACCUGGGGGACCUGACCUUCAAGAAAACCACUGUGCUGCACGUGAUCCUGAAAGAGCCCCGAACACUGGUGACCCCAGCAGCCCUCAGACCUGAGCUCCUGGGUGGGAAUCAGCUGGUGAUCAUCGUGGGGAUUGUCUGCGGCACGAUCCUCCUGCUUCCUGUCCUGAUAUUGAUCAUGAAGAAAACCCACAGGAAUAAGAGCUCAGGAGCACCCACAACCCUGGUAAAAAGCCUGGAGAACAUUCAGAAGCCUGAUCCAGAGAAACAUGUUUACUCCUCAGUAACCACACGUGAGCUGAUUGAGGAAGAAGACUCAAGUGGAAGAGCAGAGGCCACCUACAUGACCAUGCACCCAGUGUGGCCUUCUCUGAGGUCAGCCCCGAAUAGCCCGCCUGGAGAAAAGUCCGCUGGGGGAAUUCCAACACCAAAGUCAGCCUUUUGAGAAGAAAGGAGAUCUCCUUUUGUCCUUCGCAGGGGCAGAGACUCUCCCUCUGUGUGUCCUGAGUCACUGUCCUGGUCUUUCCGGACCCCUGUCCCCAACCCAGUUGGUUUCCUGCCUCAUUGAUCAAAAGGCUGAAGAAGGAGGGUUCAGAACCUGGCAGAAAGACCGGACAGCUCAGGAGGAACAGGCCCCGAUGGCGAGAAGCAUGGAGGCGGUCCUUCCGGAGCGGGACCCUGGCUCUGGGGACCCCGACCGGGCGUCUGCAACGGCCUCACCCAUUCCAGUGGGUCCUCCACUUGGAUGCUGGUCUUCGUGGAUGGGUUACUGGGAAGAAUCACAGAAAUAAAACCCAACCCAAAUGGCUCAUUUGACAAAUUACCCCUAAAUAAACGUGGCUUGUGGAAAUCA